GACAAUCAAUUCGCUCGCUAUUCCUGACACAUUUUGUUCAACUGACACAGAUUCUGGAUAUCAGUGCCCGCCCGGGAUGAAAUGUAUGAAGCUUGACUUCUUGAGCAGUUACGUAAUGGGAUUUAAUGGUUUUGAGGACAUUUACACGAGCAUUUUCACGGUCUAUCAGGCAUCAUCGCAAGAAGGAUGGGUUUUUAUCAUGUACCGAGCAAUCGACUCAUUACCGGGAUGGCGUGCUGUUUUCUUUUUCAGUACCAUGAUUUUCUUCCUUGCUUGGCUCGUGAAGAACGUCUUCAUCGCCGUCAUCACUGAAACUUUCAACGAAAUUCGUGUGCAAUUUCAACAACAUUUGUGGGGUGUUCGUGGUCAAAUUCAGAACAGUUCAACCACACAACUAUUAACUGGCGACGAUUCAGGUUGGAAACUAAUCACAAUUGAUGACAAUAAGCACGGUGGGCUCGCUCCAGAAGCAUGUCAUGCCAUUUUAAGAUCACCCUACUUCAGAAUGAUUGUAAUGACCGUUAUUUUAGCCAAUGGCAUAGUCACGGCGACUAUGCAUUUCAAACACGAUGGUCGACCACGACAAGUGUUCUACGAACACUAUUAUUAUAUCGAGAUAGUGUUUACGUUGUUCUUGGAUAUGGAAACACUUUUCAAAAUAUAUUGUUUGGGUUGGCGCGGCUACUACAAACAUUCCAUUCAUAAAUUUGAGCUACUCUUGGCAAUUGGUACAACGUUGCACGUGAUUCCCGGCCUUUAUUUGUCGGGCUUGACUUAUUUCCAAGUUUUGAGAGUAGUUCGUUUGAUUAAAGCCUCUCCAAUGCUUGAAGGAUUCGUCUAUAAAAUUUUUGGACCCGGGAAGAAACUUGGAAGCCUCAUCAUAUUUACUAUGUGCUUGUUAAUUAUUAGUUCUUCAAUUUCGAUGCAAUUGUUCUGCUUUCUAUGCGAUUUCACGAAAUUUCAAAGUUUUCCGGAAGCAUUCAUGUCUAUGUUCCAGAUAUUGACUCAAGAAGCGUGGGUUGAAGUUAUGGACGAAGUAAUGAUUAGGUAAGAUUUAAUCACGCCGGAUCGAUUAAUAAUUUCACUUUUCAUUGUGCUAUAAAGUUGGCGACAGCACGCGAGUGACGAAAGCACCCUAGUGCUGAAAGUCGAACCCAUUUAUCACAGCCGGCGACAGCAGGCGCGAGUGACGAAAGCACCUCUGUGCUGAAAGUCGAACUCGCCUAUAUAUACACGCAAUUUCGAACUUUUUUCCUAAGAGGCCAUCUGGUAUGAAUGAAGUAUCGCUAGGAAGCCCCUGGCUCAUAGGCCCAGAAAAUGCAUUCAAACUUGGGAAUCGACCAACCGUCUCCAUAGAAAUAGCCACUUGAAAAUUAUGUGCAAUUAUCAGUUUUCCCCAUUUACCGGGUGUUGAACGCGGCCCGUUCAUCUUGAAACAUGUUUUUUCUGAGUCUACUCGUCGAGACCUUUCCAACAAGCCCAAGAACGUCGAAAUUGGACCAUCCGUUCAUGAGUUAUGACGAUUUAAAAAAUUUCUUUGGCGUCUCCACCAAUUAUUCUGAGAUAAUAUUUUUUCUGUCCGUCCGUCCGUCCGUAGUUUUUGUCCGAUCUUUUUCAAACUUUCAGACAUUGAACUAUAUCAAAAACUAAGACUUUUUUGUUCCGGCAUUUUUUGAUUUGGCCGCCAUCUUGGCCUUGGCCGGCCUUUGAAAAUUCAAAAUAUGGCCUUCUUUCCAAUGAUCACUGUGCCUAACCCAGUCAACCGAUUUCAAACUUUUGGGUAUCGUUGGAAAGGUCUUAAGGCCAGCUAUCAAAUGACAUCUAUUCUAAUUUGAAAAAAUUGAGUUGGCAUGGUCUUAUCUGGCGAAGAAACGCUGUAUGGUGCAGAAAUAAUAUUUUUUUUUAUGGGCAGAAACCCAAGAAAAUGGACACCUGGCCUUGCAUAAAUCGGCCAUUUUCUCAAAAACGGCUCCGACGAUUUUUUUAAAAAAUUUUUGGAAUUUAGCCUCAAGUUAGAGCUAAAAUUUGAGAUAUUUUUUUUUCAAAAGUUUUUCUUCCUUUUUGAAUUUGAGAAAACUGAAUUAUUUGAGAAUUGUUGUUCUUUGUAAAUAGUUAUUUUAAAUUUUGAAAAUUGUAUUUUGAACAAUGUCGGCUUGUUUUUAGGUAGACAAUAAAACACUAUAUAUAAUAUAGCUUAUAAUUAUCUGGGAAAACUCUGUUUUUUGAGAUAUAGCCAUUAGGAGUUAGAAAAAAAAUGAAAAAUCGACAAAAAUCGACUAAAACUCAUUUUUGUUGCCGUGAAUUAGGGCAAAAUCAAAACCAAAGUGAUUUUACGUUCAGAUAAAUAAAAUUCCUUCAGAUACCAGCCCUUCACCAAGUCUUUUUAUUCCACGCAAUCAACAAAAAACACAAAAAAGUACUUUUCAUGAAAAAAUCAAAAUCAAAAUCAGAAAAAUUCAUCAUCAAAAAACUAAACAUGUGAUAGUUUCUUAGUAUAAAAGCGAUAUGUAAUUUCAUCAAAACAAAAUGUAAUUUCAUCUGUCUGUCCAAAAUUCAAAUUUUAUUUAACAAAAAUUUUUUUUUAAUUUUUUCUCCUCCGGUGUGCGACUCGAACUCGAGUCCACACGCUCAUAAGUCUGCUCUCCUACCUACGCGCUGAUUUUGCUUUAUUCAAAAUGGCGACAAUGCUGGUUUUUAACUACAACAUUUCAUGUGUCAUUUUUUUUUUGGCUCAAUACACAUCACUUUGUGUUUGUUUAGUGUUAGUUGGU